CGGUUUUUUAUGGCGCAGCUCUAGGCUUUGCUUUAGCAAGCCACUUUAUAAAAACCGGAUUUAAACCGCUGACUUUGGCGUAUAUUAACGGCAGUUCCCGAAGUUUGUUAUUAGCGUACGGCUGCAUGCCGUAGACUGCACAGCAGUAUUGUGUCCAGUCAUCUUCGAGAAACUUGCGUAAGUUCUUACGGAUGUUGAUAUGCUUUACCACAUGUUUUGUGCAACACUGAUAUUUUUCCGCUGUUUAUAAGUUUUCGUCAGCAUCAGUAUAUCGGAUAUUUGAAGUCGAGCUUGCUGUUAUUACUUAUAAUUUGUACAAUGUUCAGUCGACGUUGGUUAUCGGUAUCAGUGGUAUUUGCUACAAUAUCAUUGAUAAUCGCUCAGGGACGACAAACACCGUGUUUAACCGGUCGCGACGCGAUUAGCGGGGAUUGGAGGACAGACGCCCCGGGAGUAUGCCGGCACAUUACCGUAGCUGAUCUGCCGGCUCCUUUUUCCACGAAUUCCGUGGAUAAUGGUCCGCGGUUAGUCCGGCGUCCGCAGAAUGCCUGGCCGAAAGUCCCACAGGGCUUCCAAGUGCAGGAAUAUGUCACGGGGUUGAAUAAUAAUCGUUUGCUACGCACGGCGCCGAACGGGGAUGUUUUUGUGGCGGAAAGCCAGCCGGGACAGAUUCGGGUGAUUCGUUAUAAUGACGGUGCAGUGCGGCCGGAAGUGAUUAAAAUCUUCGCUACCGGAUUGGAGCAGCCGUUUGGGAUUGCUUUUUAUCCGCCGGGUAACGAUCCACAGUGGAUGUAUGUGGCCAAUACCGGCAGUGUGGUGAGAUUUCCCUACAGAAAUGGAGAUUUGCAAGCCCGAGCCGCACCGCAGAUGAUCGUGCCGGAUAUUCCCAGCGGGGGGCGGUUACGCGGCGGUGGACAUUGGACACGCGAUAUUGUUUUCUCGCAAGAUGGUACCAAAAUGUACGUUUCGGUGGGAUCCCACUCCAACGUCUUCGAGAAUCCCCGCGAAGACGAGACGAAGCGUGCGAAUAUCUUGGAAUACAAUCCUGACGGAACCGGUUUCCGGAUUUACGCUUCCGGAAUCCGCAACCCAGUCGGUAUUGCUAUUAGCCCGACCACCGGCGAACUGUGGACAUCCGUUAACGAGCGCGACGAACUGGGUGACCUUCUGCCACCGGACUACAUCACCCGUGUACAGAACAACGGUUUCUACGGCUGGCCGUGGUACUACAUCGGUCCACAUCAGGAUCCCCGGCAUGCCGGUAAACAUCCCGAACUGCAGAACAGCGUCAUCGUCCCGGAUGUCCUCCUGCAGUCACAUUCCGCCUCGCUGCAACUGACCUUCUACAACGGCACGAUGUUCCCCAAGGAGUUUGUCGGCGACAUCUUCGCCGCCGAGCACGGCUCCUGGAACCGCGCCCAUCGGACCGGCUAUAAGGUCAUCCGGGUGCCGGUGCGCGGGGGCCAGCCGACCGGGGAGUAUGAGGAUUUUAUGACCGGCAUGGUGACUUCGGACGCCAAUGUGUGGGGGCGGCCGGUGGGCGUGACUGUGGCGCGGGAUGGGGCGCUGCUGGUGUCGGAUGACGGGUCGGGGACGAUCUGGAGGGUGUCAUACACCCAGUAGACUAACUGCAGUACAUACUGGUAUAGUUGGUGCGAUGACAAAAAUUACCGGCAGACGUAAGAUUCUGCGGCAUUGUUACGCUCGGUGUCGCAUACAACGAUCUGGUUGGUCGGGCUUUUUUGCGUACUGACGACGAUACUGUACCGUUUAAGAUGGUGAAAGAAAGUUUCCACCCGGUAGCCGAUUCUGUCAGAUUGUGCUUCGAAGUGACUGCAUGGUGCAUGAUAAAGUCAUUAAAUGGAUGACGAUGA